AUGAUAGAGUUUGAUACAAUCUAUGCACUUUUACAAAAUAAUCUUACAGAACCUGGUUUUGAAGUUUAUCCUUUUCUAAUUUCAUGGUAUAAUUCUAUUGUCGAUCCAUUAUUUCGUCUAUCGACAUACGAUGAUGAUACAGUUGCUUUUCUUGUUGUUAGUACACCAAGUAUGUUUGAAAAAACAUUUUUACCUUAUGCACUUGACAGCAGCAAAGACCUUUCACGUGAUCCAAUUGAUUGUUGUGUCAAAGAAAAAAUUCAAUCUGUCAUAGAAAAUAUUCCUGAUUGUGAUAUUGAUGUUAUGUUUGACUACGAGCUAUGGCCAACUCGAAGACCUAAAAUAGUCAUGCAAACAGUGAGUCAUGUCGCAGGUGCAGCUCGUUUUUAUAGUCGUCAACAACUCGCAAAUGAUCCAUUUCCUAAAGAUCGAAACAUGAUGGGUAUAUGUCUUCAUCCAAAAUAUGGUGGUUGGUUUGCAUUAAGAUCAGUUCUUGUAUUUAAAACACUGAAAUAUCCAUUAUUACCUCGUAUUUCACCUAUUGACGUUUUAAAUGGUGAUGAAUCGUUAGUAGUUGAUGUUUUAAAACGUUUCAAUGAUUGUUGGGAAGAUAAUUCGUAUCGCAACGUAAUACCUGCUACUGAAACAUAUUCAUCGUUACAACAGUCAUAUUUUCAAACUAAACCUAAAGAUCGAUUAGUUUGGCUUGAAAAUUUACGUCAAACUUAUAAGGAAAAACAUUAG